GCCUUCGUCCAUUCCCAUCUUGAUUUCGAAGGACACGGAAAUUCAGAUUUUUAAUGAAUGACUUUACCCCGUCAUUCGCUUUUGGAGGGUGACGACAUUUCCGGAUCGAAGAACGUCUGACAAGUUUUCAUUUGCGAUGAAUCGAACCCGCAUGGGAACCGCUGGUUGCUCGUCGCCGCGCGGAUAACCCGCAGGUAUUAUGGACACCUGGUUGUCUCUCGAGGCUGCUCGGUGUCCUCAGUUCGAUACGGUCAGUGGGACACUGAACAUGAGCGAGGAGCGCAAAGAUGACGAAACAACACCUUCCGUGUACACGAUCGGCAGCGAAAGGAAUUUGGUGCCCGUACGAUCGAGAGCAGCAUAUUUUAAAAAGCGAAAAAAAGGCAGCCUCGUCGUCGUUUUACUCGCUUUCAUAAUGGCUUCUCUGAUUGCCUGUAUCGUCGUACUUGCUGUACUUUACUCGAGGUCGAAUCGCGUGCAAGAGUUGUGUGACAACGAGCAUUGCGUGCGGAUAGCCGCUAGUCUGAAAGAAUCUAUGGACACUUCUAUAGAUCCUUGCGAUGACUUUUACGGGUACGUUUGCGGUCGAUGGUCCGAGGAACAUUUGUCAUCGGUUCCUGACAAUUCCUGGUUCAGUGAGAGAACCGACCGCGUCACUUGGAGGAUCAGAAAUCUUUUACGAAAAAAUCUAACGGAGGGCAAAGUCCCUUGGGCAGUUGGACAAGCAAAAAAAUUGUUCGAAAGCUGCAUCGAUACCGAGUCCCUCGAUUCCCUGGGCCUUUUGCCACUUUUUCAGACUCUCAAAGACCUCGAUCUACCGGCAACUCCUGCCGCGAUGUCGGGUAAACGUGGCAACGUCGUCCAACAGAUGGCGAGGGUACGAAAAGUCAUGAAAAAAGAUGUUUUCGUCGGUUUCGAUGUUGGCCCUGAUCCCAGAAACAAAAGUCGAAAUAUCAUUUAUCUGGACAUGCCAAGUUCGAGCAGUCCUUUGCCGAGCUACAAUACCGAGGUCGAGAAAAAAGUGAAGCACAUGAGAUCGCGUUUCGAAAACCUCGAGGCAACGUCCGAGGAUGAUUCGAGCGAAGAUACGUCCGCCGAGAAGCUUUACAUGGCGAAGGUCAUUCGUGAGAUUGUGACAAAUGGAACGACCUCCAAUUGUUCGUUGAAAAACGAAGCGAGCGAUUUUUGGAACGAGGAAAUAAAAAAUGUUGCUGACGCGAUUUACGAGCUGAGCGGAGUUUUUUAUUUCAUGUCGAGAUCGAACGAAAACGACACUGUCGCCGAUGAGAAUGUCAAGGACGAAAAUUAUUUCCUCGUCGACACGCUCCAGGAAUUGACCGAUCAAUACGUCAAAGAAAUGAACUCGAGCCUCGUCCCCCGGAAAUUGUGGCGCCCUUAUAUCGAGGAGCUUUUCAAGGAUGUCGAAGAGAUCGAUUUCGAUAAGGAGUUGGUGCUCGUCUGGAAUAUCGAGUACUUGAAAGACUUGGCCUACCUUUUGGACGAAACGGACGAGACCGUUUUAGAAACAGCCAUUUGGUGGAUCGUUGUCGACAUGAUUGUUCCUCAUUCGUCAAAAAAUCUGCGUCUCCUGUGGGAGGAAUACGUGAUGGAGCUUGUGGAGGGAGAGUACAGCGAGCCAAGGUCAUUGUACUGCGCUGGACUGGUGAACGAGAUGAUGGCUAUGGCUGUGUCGUGGCUCUUCGUGGAGCGAGAUUUCCAUGAAAACCAGGGGGUCCGAGUGGUCGAAAUGCUCGAAGACAUAAGAUCGGCGUUCGCGAGCCUCGUCACGAGAGCUGAUUGGAUGGACCAUGCUACGAAACUCGCGACCCUCGAAAAGUCCCGAAAAAUGACGUACGUCAUUGGACACCCCGAUUGGCUCUUCGACGAUGAAACCAUCAACGAAUACUACGAAGGGAUAGACAUGAAAGAGGACAAUUAUUUGGCGAACAUGUUGAUGAUUGUUCGCCUGAUGAGCGAAGCAGAAUUGGAAUAUCUCCAGGAAAUAAAUUACCUCAACGAAACCUUCUGGGGUGCUGAGCCAACGGACGUGAACGCGGUUCACACUUUCAUCGUCAAUCACAUAACUGUUCCCGCAGGCAUUCUCCAGUUCCCGUUCUACGAGCUUGGCCUCGAGGCCUUGAACUACGGAGCGAUCGGGACAAUUCUCGGUCACGAGUUGACCCACGGGUUUGAUAACAGUGGCAGAUUGUACGACGAGGACGGAAAUCUCCGUCAGUGGUGGAGCAACACGACGAUUCGUCAGUACAACAGCAAAAUCGAGUGUUUCGUUAAGCACUAUGGAAAUUAUUACAUCGACGAGGUAAACGAUUACAUCGAUGGAAAACUUACUCUGGACGAAAACAUCGCUGACAAUGGUGGUCUUCGCGAGGCUGUGCUCGCCUACAAAAAGUGGCAGGAUAAACACGGCCAGGAGCCGAUGCUUCCUGGCUUCACUCACUUGACCCACGAACAACUUUUGUUUCUGGGCUAUGCACACUUGUGGUGCGAAGUCAACACUCCGGACUCCCUCCGAUGGAAACUUCAGGACACUCACUGUCCAGGAUACGUAAGACUGCGAGGAGUUUUGCGCAACUCGCAAGAGUUCAGCAAAGCCUGGAAUUGUCCUUUGGGCUCGAGAAUGAACCCUGAAAAAAAGUGCCAGGUUUGGUGAACCGCGCGACAGAAGAAAAAUCAACGACGAGCUCGCGGGACCAAACCCCCGAAAACACUUGUAAUGUACAUAUUAAAAAUAUUUAUUUACUUACGAAA